AUGUUGUCAUUAAUAUCUCUUUCGACGCUUACCCCCGUAGGCAUUGCAGCCCUUAUACUUCGUCUCAUUGUUUCUAUAAUCAGAUUUCCAGCUCGUCUUUAUCUCCCAGGUCCAGCUCUCAGUCGUUUCACGAACCUCUGGUACCUAUGGCAAAUGAAACGUGACUGCAUCAAGAACAUGGCAAGUAAAGUAUUAUUGACCAGCCUCCCUCAUACUUACUCAUACGUUCCUACAGGCCCGAUUGUCCGUGUGGCACCGAACUUUUACAGCAUCUCCGAUCAUACGGCUACAAAGUUGAUCUACGGCCAUGGCUCCAAAUAUCAAAAGUCAGACUGGUACGAUGCUUGGAACUUCAGCGGCGACUUGAGUAAAACAAACUUGUUCUCCGAGAGGUCCUCCAAGAAACAUGCAGAUGAGCGCAAAAAGGUUGCUUCGCUAUAUUCGAUGACAUCUUUGGUAGCAUAUGAGCCAUUCGUGGAUAAUUGCAUCGAGAUUUUAAAGCAGCGGCUAGAUGAGUUUGCGUCAACGGGCCGGCUCAUUGAUAUGGGACAUUGGUUGCAGUGUUAUGCUUUUGAUGUUAUUGGAAAGAUUACUUUCGGCGAUCGAUUCGGCUUCCUCGAUGCGGGCAACGACGUAGGAAAUAUGAUUGAGUUCCUCGAUGACUCCUUCACUGUAUGUUCCUACUUCGGGCCAUACGUCUGGCUCUAUCCAAUGUUCCUGAAGCUAUCGAAAUACAUUGGCAUCGAUCAAAGCUACGCGAAUGGCUUUAGCUUCCGACAUAUUCAAGAGGCAAAGGCAACAAUGAAGAAUUAUCAUGCCGAUCUCCCGAGCCAUAUGACUAUGAAGGUCGUUCAAGCUCAGGCACAGAACCCCGAGAAGAUUUCCGACUAUGAUAUCCUAGCCACUGCUGGGUCGAAUGUCGGCGCUGGAAGCGAUACUACUGCUAUCAGUUUAAGCUCAAUUCUGUACAACUUGCUUCAUACCCCUGCGUGUAUGGAGAGAUUGCGAGAGGAGAUGAAAUCGUCUGGUAUUACUGGUAACCCGACUUUCAAAGAAACACAGGCAAUGCCAUAUCUUCAGGCUGUUAUGAAAGAGGCCUUGCGUGUUCAUCCUGCAACAGGGUUUCCAAUUUUCCGUGUUGUUCCUCCGGGUGGGGAGGUACUUGCUGGUCAAUUCUUUCCAGAAGGGACAAAUGUCGGUGUGAACAGUUGGGUCUCACACUACGAUACAAACGUCUACGGGCCGGACGCAGCUAGCUUUAGACCUGAACGAUGGCUCGAAGCGAACGAACAGCAAGCCAGGCUGAUGGAGCAAAACUUCAUGCCGUUUGGUAUGGGAUCAAGAACUUGCAUUGGGAAAAACAUACCAUUGUUGGAAAUGAGUAAAUUGAUUCCCGUGUUGGUUCGAGACUUUGAUUUCGAGUUGACUCAAGAUAACAAGGUUGAUGGAUGGAGGACAAGAAACAGAUGGUUCGUCAAACCGAGAGACUUUAAGGUGAUACCUACGAGGAGAACCUAG